AUGAGCCAUCCUCUUUCCAAAGCACCCGGCAGGCAUCCGUCUAGAAUCUCGCGAACGCAGACCAUCUCAGAGCUUGAAGAUAUUCGACACAAGGCCAAAGCCUCUCGGUUCGCCUCAAUGGGUCAGACCGCUUUGCGCAUCGUCUCUGGUGGCAAGGAGAGAUCCGCGAGCAACUCCAGAGUUCAACUACCCCCUGCUGUCAGCUCUCGAGACCACUGGUACGGUCCCACGGUUGAGAUUACUGCCAGUCCUCGACAGGUUGAGCCAGCGCUUCCCCCUACCUGCUGCUCCUCCUGCCCCUACAGGGAUCACCUUGAGCCGCAGCGUCGUGUUCGACACCAGCUAUCCCGAAACCGGAUUGCCAGCAUGCGACGAGCGCGAAAGAGCCCUCGAUCACUUCGAGUACGUAUCACUCCACCACCACCAACAUCAGACCUCCCUAUACCUGCCGCUGCAUCCUCCCCAGUCCCCGUACCACCUGUCAUCCAACGCUUCGCUCCACCCUGUGUCGCCGCUAUCGAGGAAUCUCACAGAGUCCACCGGUCCCUCCCCACUCGCCUCCCAAGCGCCAUUACCGAUCGUCCCCUGCCACCACUACCAAGAUCCACCGUGACCCGCAAACCAGUCCCAGUCUCAGUCCCAGUCCCAAUUCCAGUGCCAGUCCCAGCUCCUGAGUCCAGCACCUGGGGUGUCAAGUGGCCCGGAUCAAUGCGCCCAUCCGAGGUGGAAAAGCAGCUCAAGCGGGAUGUCUUGUUGGACCCCAGUCCUGUCAAGGGGUUCGAGGCGAGUCCUACCAUGUCGUCCUCUGACGACAGCUUGUCCUCCGCAUCUACUCCCUCCCCCAUCCCAUCCGCCAUCAAAAUUGGCAAUCAGCGAUUGGGCGACUAUGACGAAGGUAGAUCGUUGUACGAUGAGCUUCGUGAAGUGAUCUCUUCGCGAGGGUUGGUGCUCACGCGGGCCGACAUGACCUGGGACGUCUCACCUCCAUCCCCUGCAGUCAGUUCGGCAACUUCCAUCCCCCUCACGCCCCUCUCUGAGGUACUCGACGAUCCACCUCAACCCGAACAGACACCUUCGAAGGAGCCCGACAACGCAACUCUGCGCAGGUUCUCCCUCAUGGCGUUGGAAGAUCAAUUUGAGGAGGUGCUGCUGGCUCUCGAUCCCACGGCGAUUGAUGCCCGCCUUCGUACUAUGCCGGCACCCAGUCUGACCACAGCAUCGGAUCUGAGCCCUGCAGCAUCCGAGCCGCUGCUAUCUACCCUCACCCCUCGCUUAACCCGGGCGAACGCCUCUCAGACCCCGCGACGCUCAAGUGUAGUUCACGUACGAUCUCUCAGGGCCCAAGUCGGCAGCACCGCUCCGGAUGAGCCUGCCAACCGGACCCGCGACGGCUAUGUCAGUCGAUGGCCGUCGCCUAACGAGACUCGCUUCAUCCCCUCUGGCCGGAUCGAACCCCUUCGACGACGGGUCCCCAGCGGACCGAGAGCUCCCGGUGGGAUGCUAUCGGACGAGUGGUUGAAGAAGCGUGGUCUAAAAGGGACUUUGAUGGAUGUGCAAAGGAGCCUGGAGACACCGCCCACCUCAACGCCAGUGCGAAAUCUCGGUCGUAUACUGAGCCAAGAGCAUCGCGUCAGUUCGACAGACCUGUCAGCAGCAUCCAAGCGCAUCAUGGAGAAAGCUAGGAAUCGACAGCUCCAUACGGUGGUGUAA